AUGUCCGAGUCAGACUACAUGUCAGAUACUUCCGACUUUGCCAUCCCGGCGAAGAAGGCCGCUGCUCCCAAGACGAAAGCGCCUCCUAAACCCAAGGCUGCUGCCGGUGCGAAGGCAGGCGCCUCCAAGGCUAGUGGCGCUGCUGCCAAGCCAAAGAAACAGCCCUUGGCUAAACGCAACAGUAAUGGCGCCGACAGCGACCCAGAUGUCAGCAUGAUUGACAGCGAGGCUGAUGUCUCGUUCCAGCCUGUUGCACCUUCCAAGUCGGCCAACGGCAAGAGCGCUUCCGAGACAUACCAAAAGCUCUCGCAGCUCGAACAUAUUCUCAAGCGUCCUGAUACUUACAUCGGCAGUGUCGAGAAGCACACAGAGAAGCUCUGGGUCUUUGACAAGACCAAGAAGCAGAUGGCCUACCGCGAGACGACUUACGUUCCCGGCUUCUACAAGAUCUUUGACGAAAUCCUUGUCAAUGCUGCUGACAACAAGGCGCGCGAUCCCGGCAUGACCCACCUCAAGGUCGACAUCAACCGCGAGGACAACUCCAUCAUGGUCUGGAACAACGGUCACGGUAUCCCUGUCGAGAUGCACGACAAGGAGAAGGUCUACAUCCCCGAGCUCAUCUUUGGUCAUCUCCUCACCUCGUCCAACUACGACGACAACGAGGCCAAGGUCACCGGUGGUAGGAACGGUUACGGUGCCAAGCUCGCCAACAUCUACUCCACCGAGUUCACCGUCGAGACCGCCGAUGCCAAGAACCAGGCCAAGUACAAGCAGACCUUCACCAAGAACAUGCACGACAAGGGCAAGCCCAAGAUCACCAAGCACAGCAAGGCCGAUGAGUACACCUCGAUCACCUUCAAGCCCGACCUCGCCCUGUUUGGCAUGGAGUCCAUCGACGACCACAUGGAGGCCCUCAUGCUCAAGCGUGUCUACGACAUGGCAGGUACCGUCAAGGGCAUCAAGGUCACCCUCAACGGCGAGCUGCUCAAGAUCAAGAACUUCAAGCAGUACGUCGAGAUGUACGUCACUGCCAUCAACGAGCUGGGUGGCAAGGCCGACAAUGGCGAGGAAGGUGGUGCUGGUGGUGACGUGCCCGCCGGCGCCGCUCCCAAGCCGGCCAUCAUCUACGAGUCGGUCGUCGACAAAGGACGCACCUGGGAAGUAGCCUUCGCCGUCUCGGAUGGUGAGUUCCGUCAAGUCUCGUUCGUCAAUAAUAUCGCUACUAUCAAGGGUGGUAAGCACGUCGACCACGUGGCUGACCAGGUCAUCACGCGCCUCAUCGACCACGUCAAGAAGGACAAGAAGACAGGAAAGGUCAUGCCCAAUCAGGUCCGACAGCAGCUCUGGGUCUUUGUCAACUGUCAGAUUGUCAACCCCACCUUCGACGGUCAGACCAAGGAGACCCUCACGCUCAAGCAGAGCGCGUUUGGCAGCAAAUGGACCCUGACCGACGAGUUCGCCAAGAAGGUCAUCAAGUCCGGUGUCGUCGACAACAUCGUCAGCUUUGCGCGCUUCAAGCAGGACCAGGCGCUCAAGAAGACCGACGGCCACAAGCGUACCCGCAUCACCAACAUCCCCAAACUCGAGGACGCCAACAACGCCGGUGGAAGGAAAGCGCGAGACUGCACCCUCAUCCUCACUGAAGGUGACUCCGCCAAAUCGUUGGCUGUCGCCGGUAUCGUCGAGGUCGGAAGGGACAACUACGGCGUUUUCCCGCUUCGUGGUAAGCUCUUGAACGUCCGUGAAGCCUCGCACGACCAGAUCAUGAAAAAUGCCGAGAUCAAGGCCAUCAAGGAGAUCCUGGGUCUGCAGCACGGCAAGCAGUACCUCGACGUCAACAGUCUUCGAUACGGCAGCAUCAUGAUCAUGACCGAUCAGGAUCACGAUGGUUCGCACAUCAAAGGUCUCAUCAUCAACUUCCUCGAUCACUUUUACCCGUCGCUGCUCAAGAUCCCCGGCUUCCUUGUCGAAUUCGUCACUCCAAUCGUCAGGUGCAAAAAGGGCAACCAGGACCUGUCCUUCUUCACGAUUCCGGAAUACGAGCAAUGGAGGGAGUCUCACAACGGUGGUAAGGGCUGGCACGUCAAGUACUACAAGGGUCUCGGUACUUCGGAUAGCAAGGAUGCCAAGAAGUAUUUCCGAGACCUCCCCAAGCACAGGCUGCCCUUCGACGUCACCAAGGACGGCGAUCGCGAGCUCAUCGACCUCGCUUUCAACAAGAAGAAGGCCGAUGAUCGUAAAGAGUGGCUCCGACAGUUCCGACCUGGCACCUACCUGGACCACAACGCUCACCUCAUUCCGUACGCCGACUUUGUCAACAAGGAGCUCAUCCUCUUCUCCAUGGCGGACAACAUGCGUUCCAUUCCUUCAGUCGUCGACGGUCUCAAGCCUGGUCAGCGCAAGGUCAUGUACAUUAUGCUCAACAGGAAGACCCAGGGUGAGUUGAAGGUUCAGACCCUCGUGGGCACGGUCUUGGGUCAGGCAGCUUAUCAUCACGGUGAUGCUGCGCUGACCAUGACCAUCGUUGGUCUCGCGCAGAACUUUGUGGGUAGCAACAACGUCAACAUGCUCGAGCCCAGGGGUCAAUUCGGUACUCGUCUCCUCGGCGGUAAGGACGCCGCUUCCGGACGAUACAUCUUCACCGCUUUGCCCAAGAUCUCACGGGCUCUGUUCCCUCAGUCGGAUGACGCUCUGCUCGAUUACCUGGAGGAUGAUGGAACCAAGGUCGAGCCUCACUGGUAUAUCCCUGUGGCCCCCCAGGUCCUCAUGAACGGUGCUGACGGUAUCGGUACCGGAUGGUCGACUUCGGUGCCCACCUACAACCCACACGAGAUUGUUGCCAAUUUGCGACGACGCAUGGCCGGCGAAGACGUUAUUCCUCUGAAGCCAUGGUUCCGUGGCUUCACCGGUACCGUCGAGGAGUUCGCUCCUGGUCGUUUCAAGGUGAGCGGUCGUGUCAACCAGAUUGACGAGAAGACCUGGGAGAUCACCGAGCUGCCCAUCCGAACCUGGACUUCGAAUUACAAAGAGUCGCUCGAAGAGCGCGUCCUGUCGUCGGAGAAGCAGCCUGCAACCAUCAAGGACUACAAGGAGUAUCACACCGAGUCGACCGUCAACUUUAUCGUCGAGCUGACCACCAAAGGUCAGGCUGAGAUCGCCGAAAAGGGGCCGGAUGCUUUCUUCAAGCUCUCGUGCCAGAUCUCCACCACCAACAUGGUGCUGUUCGACCAGGAUGGCAAGAUCAAGAAAUACUCUUCGCCCGAGGAGAUCUUGGAGGAGUUCUACCUCCUUCGUCUCUCGUACUACCAGAAGAGGAAGGAACACCUGGUGGAUCAGCUCAAGCUCAUGUACGACAAGCUGUCCAACCAGGCUCGCUUCGUGCAGAUGAUCAUCACUCGUCAGCUCGUCGUGUCCAACCGCAAACGCGCCGACAUUGUCAAAGACCUGCGCGAGAAGGACUUCCGACCCUUCCCCAAGCAGGGCAAGGCGGCGAUCGCUGCCAACCCCGAGGACGAUGAGCCGGUGGAUGAGGAAGAUAUCUCAGCCGACUCGGACUUCGACUACCUGCUCAACAUGGCCAUCUACAACCUGACCAAGGAGAAGGUCGAGAAGCUUCUGAAGGAGCGCGACGGCAAGGAGGAAGAGCUCAAGAUCCUCAUCGGCCGCUCGCCCCAGAACCUGUGGGACGAGGACCUGGGCAAGUUCAUUGAGCUUUGGGAAGAGAUGCUCGAAGAAGAUGAACGCCGCCUUAAGGAUGUCGUCACCAAGGUCAAGAAAGGCAAGCAGACGAAGAAGGCUUCGGCCAAGACUGGUGCUGCAGCCCGCCGCGUUCUCAAGAAGGCGAUCAACUCGGACGGCGAAGAGGAAGAUGACGGCAUGGACGACAUCGACGGCGAUGACUCUGAGGACGACUUCAAGCCGUCCGCCGCUGCGGGUAAGAAGAAGGCAGCCGCUCCUGCUCGUGUCAGCCCAGCCAAGAAGCGUGCCGCCGCUGACGCCUUGGAUGACGACGACAUGAAGCUGCUGCUUGGCACCACCUCCAACGGCGCCGCCGCCAAGAAGCCGCGUGCAAACGCAUCUGUCUCGAGGUCGGCCACUGCUUCGCGAGCAACCACUCCUCAGGUCGUCGAGCUGGACGAUGGCGACGACUCGAAGCUCGCUCCGCUGUUCCGAGCCGCUGGCACAAGCAGCAAACCCGCUGCUGCCACGAAGAAGGCCGCCGCUCCCAAGAAAGCGGCCGCGAGCAAGCCGGUGGAAGCCCCCAAGUCUUUCAACUUGUCUGACUCGGAGGACGACACCAUCGCAGCUCCCAAGGCCAAAAAGGCUGCCGCCGCCAAGCCUGCUGCUGGCAAGAAGACAGCCACCGGUCUGGGACGCAAGAAGGCCGCCGCACCGGCCUCGGACACCGAAGACUCGUUCAUGAUCGACAGCCCCGCUUCGGCUGCUCCUGCUCGCGCCUCGGGUCGCUCGGCACGAGGCGCUUCGGGCAAGAUGAGCUACAAGAUCGAUGAUUCGGAGGACGAGGACUUCUAA